AUGUAUGCAGCACCUCCCUCUGUCCCAGUCUCUUCUAGGCUUGUCGACGACCCCCACUCGCAGUCCAGCACUCCAGACAAGCUCCUCAUGAACACAGUCGACAAUCUUGAGACACGGGGUGUAUUACAUAAGCGCAACCGACUUCAAAUUGACGAGCUUCUUACCAUGAGCAAGACCACUGACGACGAGAUUUUUGAGGCUGAGGUGAAGGCAUGGGAGGCGCGGGACAAUAUGGAGAGUACAGGGACAGAUGAUGUUGACAACGAAGGUGAUGUUAUCGAGGAGCUGCCCAGGCUCGAGAGGUCCUUCAAGUCUCGGGUCUGA